UUUCUACUAGCACCUACAAGAGCGGAGGAUCGAGCUCCCCCCGCCAUUGUUGGAGUGGUUCCGGCCGGUUCGUGACGUCACCAUCGCGGCAGUUGGCCGGUUGCCGGGGAGGAGUCGCCAUUGCUGUGGUGUGAACUUAUCGUAAAGGAGAAGCUGAGGAUACCGAUCCGUGCCUUGUACCGGACUUCCUCCUCUUCCCCGGCCACUCGGUAGAUUUCUGUGUGACCUGACUGGGAUAGAUCAGAGCGACCAUGGCCUGCGGAGCGACAUUAAAGCGCUCUAUGGAGUUCGAGGCCCUGAUGAGCCCUCAGUCUCCGAAGCGUCGUCGGUGCACCCCUCUCCCGGGAUCCCCCGCCAACCCGUCCCCCCAGAGGUGCGGCAUGAGGCCCGACAGUCCGCUAGGCCCGCAGUCCUCUCUGCAGCCGCUGGGUGGGGACCGCCGGCUCACCCCGGAACAAAUCUUUCAGAACCUGAGACAGGAAUAUACACGCUACCAUAGACGACGGCAGCUAGAAGGUACUUUCAGCCAAAGUGAACAUGGACACUCCAGCGAGGUUCAAGCCAGUACAUCUCUCACAGCUCCAUCCUCACCAGGUUCAGUGGUGAAGAAAGACCAACCAACAUUCAGCUUACGACAAGUAGGAAUUCUGUGUGAACGUCUACUGAAGGACCAUGAAGACAAGAUUAGGGAAGAAUAUGAGCAGAUUCUAAACUCAAAACUAGAAGAACAAUAUGAAUCCUUUGUGAAAUUCACACAUGAUCAGAUUAUGCGACGGUACGGAACAAGGCCUACAAGUUACGUGUCUUGAAUUGAGUUUCCACUUUGGGUUUACGGCUGCUCUACAUUCUUGCCACCUGUGAGGUGCCAUGUUAUUAAUAUCAGUUUUUCUUCACAUCGUGUCAUCCAGAGAAUUUUAACGUCAUUGCUGGCUGCCUUCACACUUUAUUUUUUUUCACUGCACAGACUUUGUUCAAGGACUGCUCCUCUCAAGAAAACCGACUGUAAUCCAACAGGUUUUAUUUGACAUUUUUUUUAUUUUUUUUGGCUUCAGGAAUCUCCAUUAGUGUCCCUAUGUCUGAGGCUUCCGAUACAAGGACAUGCUUGGAGUUUUUAGUUUUGGAUUAUUUUUGCCUUGUUUGAUGCACUACAAUUAUGUUGAGUUUUUUCCCCUAUAUUGGGAGGAGCCUCAAAAAGGAUAUACAAAUAAAGGACCAUACAGACUGUAACUGUGGUGUACGUAGUGAAUAGUGAUUGUAACCUGAUGUAUACAUAACUGCACCCUUCUGAGACUAAUUCUAAAAUGCAACUUUUUUUUUCAACUUGCAUAUGUUUUUGUUUGCUACAGAAAAGCAUUGUUUUAUUGAGUUUGUACAAAAAUAUCUACCAGAAGUUGGAGUGUUCAAAAGAAGGUUUUUUUUCUUUUUGUUUUUUCUUUUCGCAUGAUAAAUAAUGUAUAGGCAGACUGAUUUUAUGGGAACUGGAGCUGCUGCUUGUUUCUACCACUUUAAUGUUUUGGUUUUCUCUCACUUCAGUUUGGGGAAUGAAACCCAAAUUCUAACUGGUUGCUCUAAGCAGCAGCCCUGUUUCUCUUUUGGCUCUAGUUUUUAUAAAUUGGUCCGAGUGUUUGUCAGACUGUACAUGCAAUUCCUAGCUCUUUGGGUGGCGAGGGUUUGAAUGAAAACACAUAGCCUUUAUAUAAUAUUGUGCCUCUAAUGUCAUUUUGAAAUGGUUGAAAUAAAAUUACCUGGGGUGAGAGUCUCUUUAUGAGCAAUUCUGAUCGACAGAUAUGUUUAUCACCGAAUUACACAUUGUGUGUUAGUAAAGUAAACCUUUUAUGCUGUGAACCAAUAGAAAAGUAGUGGUAAAAUGCCUGUGAUUAAAU